AUGGGUUCUCUUCUGCUUCUGUUCGUUGUCUUGUGUAGCUACUGCUGCUACAUCGCUCAUGGAGGCAACGAGCAUGGGUUUGUAGUGGAGCAACGCAGGUCUUAUGAGCCAGAAGCAGUAUGCUCUGCAUCCAGAGUGAAUCUGGAGCCGAGCAGCACCACUGUGUCAAUGCCACUAGUGCACCGGUACGGCCCGUGCGCGCCGUCACAGUACUCUAACGUGCCGACGCCGUCCUUCUCCGAAACGCUCCGCCAUAGCCGCGCCCGCACGAACUACUUCAUGAGGCAAGCGUCCAAGGGCAUGGGCAUGGCGAGUACGCCAGACGAUGCCGCUGUGACCUUCCCGACCCGCCUAGGCGGUUUUGUGGACUCGCUGGAGUACGUCGUCACGUUGGGCUUCGGCACGCCAUCCGUGCCACUGGUCCUCCUCAUGGACACCGGCAGCGAUGUCUCGUGGGUGCAGUGCACGCCGUGCAACUCCACCAGGUGCUACCCGCAGAAGGAUCCUCUCUUUGAUCCGAGCAAGUCCUCCACGUACGCUCCCAUCGCCUGUCACACGGACACUUGCAGGAAGCUCGCCGGAAACCACUACCAGAAUGGCUGCGCGGGCGGCGGCACCCAGUGUGGAUACUCCGUCGAGUACGCAGACGGUUCGCAUAGCAGGGGUGUGUACAGCAACGAGACGCUGACGCUCGCUCCGGGGGUCACCGUCAAGGGUUUCCAUUUCGGCUGUGGCCACGACCAGCGUGGUCCCAACGACAAGUACGACGGCCUCCUAGGACUCGGAGGCGCGCCAGAGUCGCUCGUCGUGCAGACGUCUUCGGUUUACGGUGGCGCCUUCUCGUACUGCCUCCCGGCGCUAAACAGCGAAGCGGGGUUCCUAGCCCUAGGGGCGCCGCCGAACGCCAACAAGUCGGCCUUCGUGUUCACUCCAAUGAGGCACCUGCCGGGGUAUGCAACGUUUUACAUGGUGACGAUGACAGGUAUAAGCGUGGGUGGGAAGCCGCUGGACAUCCCGCAAUCGGCGUUCCGUGGUGGCAUGAUCAUAGACUCCGGCACGAUCGGCACGGAGCUCCCGGAAACUGCGUACAACGCGGUGGAGGCAGCGCUCCGGAAGGCCUUGGCGGCGUACCCCAUGGUGCCAAGCGAGGACUUUGACACCUGCUACAACUUCACCGGUUACAGCAAUGUCACCGUGCCGAGGGUCGCGUUCACGUUCCGUGGCGGCGCCACCAUCGACCUCGACGUCCCCAAUGGGAUUCUGGUGAAGGACUGCCUUGCCUUCCGGGAGUCAGGACCAGACGUCGGCCUCGGCAUCAUCGGCAACGUUAAUCAGCGCACGCUCGAGGUGCUCUACGAUGCCGGCCGUGGUAUCGUCGGAUUCCGAGCCGGUGCAUGCUGA